GCAAACAGGAUCGGUGUUCUGGCAGAAAAGAUCCGUCUUUUAGCAUAUAACAACAACAACAAGCCCGAGUCUUAUCCAGAUUUGGUCCAAGUUCUGAUGCCACAAGCCUCAGGGAGUCAAAAUCUAGUGAUUUCCUUGGCCUACUCGGAUCUGCUUCACCUACUCGGUUUAGGAGCGAGGCAACCUCGGUUGGUGAUCUAUAAAUAUGAACACAACCUUGUCUGCCCUCUUUGUGCUCUACCCAAGUUGUUAUUUUGCAAGUAUUUCAGCAGAAGCAGUUCAUCUUCCAACAGAGAUUGUACUCCCACGGCUGCCCCUAGUAUAGCCAUGGUAAUGAACUUCGGGGCACUACCAGUUUUAUCUAAGCUGCUAGGUCUCUCUCCACCCAGUUUACUGAAGAAGAAGACACUACUGAUAGAUACUGCGGUGGGCACACUUCCUGAACUACCAGAAGACAUCUUGAUGCAUGUCUUUGCCACUCUUGAGAUCCCUGACCUUGUGCGUGCUGGUGCUGUCUGCACCUUUUGGCGCUCUGCCUACACCGCCCUGCGCAAACUCGGCACACACAAGCAACCCCAGACGCCGUGCCUGCUCUACUGAUCUGAAUCUUCCAGCGAGAAUGUUGCCUGUCUCUACAGCCUCGUGGAGAAGAGGGUUUACAGGCUAACUCUCCCGGAGCCGCCUCUCCACAGUAGGUUUCUGAUUGGGUCCUCUCUCGGGUUGCUGGUCACCGUCGAUGAGAGAUCUGAAAUGCACCUCGUCAAUCCGAUCACUGGUCAACAGAUUGCUCUCCCUUCAGUGACCACCAUGCAGCAUGUGAAGCCCAUGUGUGAUGACUCAGGUGCUGUCCACAAGUAUGAAUACUCAUGGCACACGGCAAAGAAAGUUAUCUGCCCUCCAAAGAUAAUUGCUCCAGCUUCCCUGCGGGAAGUCUUCCACCAGAAGGCUCUUUUGUUUUAUGAUACACCCACAGGGAGCUACGUAGUGGUGCUCAUCCACAUGCCGUUUGGUCAGCUAUCCUUUGCAAGGGUAGGGGACGAUAAGUGGACCUGGCUGCCACCUCACACUGAUUAUUUUGACUGCACCUACAAGGAUGGGCUAUUGUAUGCAGUGACUCUAAUGGGAGAAAUUCACACCUUUGAUCUUAGUGGGCCUGCUGUUACAAUGAACACUAUCAUGGGUGUGGAUGAUGAUGACGAUUUUGGGAUUCAGGGAGCAUACAUUCUUCAAGCUCCAUGGGGUGGUUUGCUGCUUGUUUGGAGAUUGAAAGUGUAUAGUGGCAAUCCUGAUGAUAUUUCAGCACUUACACUGCACACCAAAGGAAUUAAAAUACAUGAGGUUGAUGUUGCUGCCAAGAAGCUUGUGGAAAUUGAUUGCCUGCACGGCCAUGUGCUGUUUCUUGGUCAUAACCAGUCACUCUGUCUCAGCACUAAAGAAUGCCCUGCUCUCAAGGAAAAUCGUGUCUACUUCACUGACGAUAAUGAGUACAUAACUGUACAUAAGGAUAGUCGUCGCGAUAUAGGAGUGCUUCGCUUGGAUAAUAAUAGCUGGGAAAGCCUUGUGUUUCCUCAGCUUUGGUCCAACUGGCCUGCUCCUGUGUGGAUUACACCCAAUCUUACAAUGAUGAAACUGUCGUUGAAUUAGUAGGCCGGCUUCAAGAAGGCUCAAUAAGAUGCUCGCCUAGGUGCAUGUAGGCGAGCUGGAGGGCCGAUUGCAUUGCUUAGGACUGUGUGCAGGAGUAGGAGGAGGCUGGUUUCGACAACACAAUUACAAAUUCUGGCAUCAAAUGACUGAUGAUUCAGGAGGUCGCGUGAUGCAUCGCGCUGUCAAGUUAUCAUUUAUCAAGUGUUUAAGCUUCAUGGACGUGUUUGUUGUAUUGUGUGUGGGACUCUGCAAAUUUAUCAUGCCUUGUGACUGAUGUGUGUGUGUGUGUGUGUGUGUGUGUGUGUGUGUGUGUGGUUGUGUCUUUUUAUGACUCCUGGGAGAAGUCAGAGAAAUAAGAACUUUUCUAUGCUUGUUUUGUGGUGAUUUGUCAGUUGUGAAC